AUGAGUGAAGGUGCCUUUAAACAAAAUUUUUCGAGUAGUUCAAAGAGUAGGUUUGAAUUUGAUUUUGACAAUAAAAAAGUAAUAUUCGAAAUCGACCAAUUGGCCAGCAAGAGUGAUAAAUCAGUUAUUUGUCGUUAUGGUAACACUACUGUUUUAACGGUUUUAACGGUUAAACAACUGACAAAAAGUGUUAACUCUUUUUUCCCACUCACUAUUACUUUUGACGAGAAGUUUUAUGCAGUGGGUCGUAUUCCUAAUGUCUUUGGUAAACGAGAAGGAAGGCCCAGUUACGACGCCAUUACUGCCGCUCGACUAAUUGAUCGUUCAUUGCGGAGUUUUUUUCCUUUUCCUAGUAAUCAGGAAGUCCAAAUAACUAAUUCUGUUCUUUCGCUGGACUCCGAAUCGGCGGUAAUUGUCGGUCAGGAAGAAAAGGAUUUCGUUUGUAAUCCUAGUAGUGACAAGUUAAACAGUUCACCGUUAGAAUUAAUUGUUAGUGCGACCGAGGAAAAAGUUACUAUGCUGGAAGCUAGAGCCCAAGAAAUAAGGGAAACCGAAUUAGAAAAAGCUAUCGCAUUCGCCCACCAGAAAAUUCAGACAUUAAUUGGUUUUUUUCAACAUAUUGCUAGCAGUUUGGGGGUUAAGAAAAAUAAAAUGGAGGUUGAAUUAAAAGAAAUAACUAGUGACAAAUGGUUAGAAGAAAAAGGAGAUUCUUAUUUAGGCGAAGAAAAAAAAAUGAAAGAGGUUCGGCAGCAAUUAACCAAAGAAUAUUGUGCCAAAAAUCCCCAACUAGAAGAAGAAUUUGUGAAAGACUUGGUGCGGCUGGAUGGUCGGGGAGCCGAUCAUAUUCGAUCUUUAGAAAUUCAAAUUGACUUUUUGCCCAAUGUUCAUGGUAGUGCAGUCUUUGCCCGGGGCGAAACCAAGGUUCUUUCGGUAAUAACCAUUGGUAAAAUCAGCGAAAAACAGUUAGUUGACAGCAUUUUCAACCGUUCUUAUAAGCAUUUUAUUCAUCAUUAUAAUUUCCCCCCCUUUGCCGUUAAUGAAAUUGCUAGUUAUCGAGCUGUUUCUCGUCGCGAAAUCGGUCAUGGUGAGUUGGCAGAAAAAACCUUUGAUUACUUAAUUCCUUCUUCUGAUUCAUUUCCUUACACAGUUCGGGCUGUCUCGGAAGUUCUUUCCUCAGAUGGUUCUUCUUCCCAAGCCUCAAUUUGCGCUACCUCUUUAUCGCUAAUGACGGCGGGAGUUCCGCUAAUUAGACCGGCGGCUGGCAUCGCCUUGGGCUUGUUUGAAGGUCAGAUUUAUAGUGAUAUUAAUGGAUUGGAGGACAAGUUGGGGGAAAUGGAUUUUAAAAUUGCCGGGACCGAAAAAGGCAUUUGCUCAAUUCAAUUAGAUGUCAAAAACCACGGAAUUAGUCAAGAAUUAAUAAAAACGAGCUUCGUCAAGGCUCACCAAGUCCGACUUCGUUUGUUAGAGGAAAUGAAAAAGAAUAUUUACCAGCCUCGUCCGAAUUUACCAGCCCAAGUUAUUAAAUGCCGCCGUUUUGCUGUGGAAAAAGAAAAAAUAGGUUUAAUUAUUGGGCCGCGGGGUAAGACCAUUAAUCAACUUGCUGAGGAAACUGGCUCCACCAUCGAAGUUCAGCCGGACGGUUAUAUACUUAUUUAUCACCAAGAAGAGGACAAGUUAGAGAAAACUUACCAAGCAAUUAAAAAUAUAAUUAAAAGUAGUUGA